CAAUAUUGGUUUGGUCUCUGGUGUGCCCUAAUCUUUUUCCGUUUCAAUUCAGCCCUCUCUAACUCUCUGUCGAUCGGCUCUUCCUUCAUUCAGCUCUCCCGAAUCCGCCGGAGCCCUCCAACUGGCGACCGGCGACUGACCGCUGUUGCAGCUUGCAGCCUUGAAGCCGCUGUCGUGCUCUCGACUACUUUCUUCUCCUCUUACGAUAACUGAGCAACUAGUAAGGUCUUCAUUUUAUUGAUUACUCGGGACUAGAAGGGGGCAAUGGAAGCUCAGAAAAAGGAAGAAGAUAAUUUAACUGCUCCUGCCAGUUCCUCUGGGUUUUUGGGUAAAUUGGAAGAGAAGUAUAAGGAACUCAAAGAGAAUGCAGAAACAUAUCCUUAUGUGUGGGGCUCAUACAUUGUUGUCUAUGGUGGUUUUGCUCUUUGGACUGGCUAUAGAUGGAGAAAGCUUCGGAAGACCGAGGAUCGAGUACGUGUGCUACAGGAGAAGCUUCGACAACGUUAUGAAGCCGAACAGUCUGCCAAACAAUCGGCCAAUUCAGUGGCAUCAGUUGAAAAAGUCUCGCAAUCUGUUAAACAGCCUCCUUCCAAUCAGUAACCAGGUUUUGAACUAGUUUCAUGUUGCUCCUUACCCCCACCCAGAAAAUAAGCUAUUGGUUGGAUAUAUAUAUAUAUAUAUAUAUAUAUAUAUCACAUGGGCAAUUGAGAAGAGUUCCAACGUGUGGAAAUUUUGGAGAAUAGUUUGAUUUUUGAUGCCUCUUUUUCUUCUGACUGGUAUUUUUGUUCAGGUAGAGCAUUUUUUGAAAUGUUGAACAUGUGAGACUUCUUAUAACUCAAUUAGAGGGGCACUUUUGAUAUUUUUUUGUAUGCUGGAAGAGAUAAUAAGUUCAAGAUCACUUAUGGAGCUCUUUUUUUAGCUCCUUUCACAGGGGAUUUCCCUUUAUCCUUUUCUUUCCAUAUUUUUCAUCACAUCAAUGAAAAAAAAGCUUGUUGGCAAAAAAGAGAGAGCUCUGUUCUAGU